CCGGACAGUACUUUAAAAUGUCAACAAGCUUCGUGUCGAAAUCUAUGAUGCUUUGCGUUUUUCCUGAAUAAAUUAAUAAAAUAAAUGUAAAUAGGCAAUAUCACCUGUUCGAAUUAUGUCUGGGGGGCUAAUAGAUAAAGUGUACAUAGGCUUGGAUAAUGCGCCGGCCGCAUUCGACAUCAAAGGACGAAUCCUCGGCCCAAACAGCACCAACUUGGAGUACAUUCGUUCGGAGACAGGUGUCGUGGCGGUGUUGAAAAGUGAGAAAUUCGAGCCGCUGCAUCUGGCUUUGCAUCACACGAGAUCGGAGGCUUUGGCGGCCGCGAGGUCGUUGGCGCAGAAUCUGAUCGAGACGAUAAGGGCCGAGCUGGCGCAAUGGAGCGCCGCGCAGGCCGGGGGCCCGCCGCCGGCGCUGAACGUUCCGCCGCCGACUCUCAGCACCACAGCUGCGCCGCCGCCCGUCCCGCCGCCGCCGCCGCCGGCCGUCGCGACCGCCUCGCUGUCCACGCCGACCUCCAUGACGCCCGCCGUCAUGCCCCCCGUCGUCAGCGUGGCCCCCGCCGCCCCCCUCAUGACCGUUCGACAACCGACCGUCCUCCAACUUCUACCUCAGCAGCAGUAUGUCUUGAACCAGGAGAACGGGCAGCUCAUCCCUAUAGUCCAACCUGGGGUCCAGGUUUCCAACACAAACUUCACGUCGCUACCUAUAGCGCAACCUCUGGGCUUGCAGCAACCUAAUUUUGGCACACAGUUGGUUGACAUAUCGAGCAUGCAGCCUGUGAAUGUGACGCAGUUACGUCUCAGUGGUGUUCCGUCUUCCAUGUCUAUGAUUUUGCCGAAUGGUUUGACUUUCCCGCAAGCGAAUCUGGCUGGGACGGACACUACAACUGUGAAUGCGACAGCUACGCCCGUUGUCUGUGCAGCUCAGAGUAACUCGUCCCAAAAGAUUUUGUACACCGAUAAGGGUGAUAAAGAUGGCAAGUAUCACAUCCAAGGGGCUGACACUGUGCAGUGGACAAUGCCUGGGUCACAGACAAUGCUAAUUCCAUAUCAACAAUUGCAAGAUUUGACAUCUAAUCAAGCAGGAUUAGCAAAUUUGCAAGCACAGCAAUAUGUGUCUAUUGCCCCAGCUGGCACUUUACCACAGUCAUCACUGCCCCUAACGGCAACUCAGUUGCAGCAGCUUCAAACGGGAACUAUUAUGCAGCUUAAUCAAAAGCCGAUAGUGAGCAGUGGUUCUUUGAUAAACAUAAUAUCGACUGGACAGGCGUCAUCGCCGCAAAUUUUUACUAGUUCAUCAACACCGACUAAAAAUGUGAAUCAUGAAGUCCGAGGACAGAAGAGGUUAUCGGACGGUACCCCCAGCCAACUGCAACUCAGGCCAAUAGCCCCAGCGGGGUCGCAUGUACCGCAGGAGAAGAGCUCGGCGAGAGAGUCCCGAAACUGGACCGCAGCCGCAGCUAGAGACAACACUGUGGUCAGUAUGGGAAUGAAAAUCAACCCCGCCCACGGCACCAUUAUACACGUGUCUUCUGGUCAGCAGACAAACGUAUCAGCUUCAGGAGUGACACAAGACGGAACGGGAAUGUACAUACGGCAAAUAGACAGAAACUCCAUUCAAAUACAAUCUAGCAAAGACGGCCAGAAGCAGGAUUUAUCGGCGAAUAAGCAAAUACAGAGCACGGCACAGAAUGUGCAGAUGAUAACCGUGCCGCAGGGGAUGACAGUCCUGCAGAAUCCUCUGAACAUCGGCCAGAUGCCCACCAUGAUCGGGCAGCCCAAUAGUCAGGUUUACAUGAUACCUGCCAACCAUCCGAAUCUCGUCCAAACUGGAGGACUGCCCCCGGGACUCAUCGGCCAACAGGUCCUCCAACCGGGUCAGAACGUCACGGUGAUGCAGCCGAAUCAAUUGGCCAUGCCCGGUGGCGUCCAGUACAAUGUGCCGUUUAUGAACAUGCCAAACUCUCAAUACAUGCCUGGUAUAAAUCUAAACACGCAGCUAUCGGCCCAGCAGCUCAACGCGGCCUUAGCCGGCCAGCAACUGGCGAAUCCUAACCUCAUGUCGGGGACCAUCCCCAUAGUCCAGGCGCCUCCACCGUCUUCCCCGAUGGCGAACCCUGCUCAAACCAUCCCGGUGUCUCAACCGCCGCCCGUGCAUCAAAUCGUGCAACAAAAUCCCUACGGAACACCCACCUCGCAGUACGCCGGAAUGCCUCCACAGUACAUGAUGCAGGCGAACUCUAGUGCCAUAACCGUUCCUACUAACAACCCUAAUGUACAGUACACAAUUCCCAAUAACCAGAGCACUAAUCCCCCCGCGAGCAACGGCAAUGGCCAGUCUAACAACUCGAGCGACACUGACACUAGCAACGGCGCCACUAACCAAACUAAUUACAUCACUUCCUCAUCACAAGAAAGCUACGCGAUGUCGACGGCGACCAGCGUACAGAAUCCUCAGCAAAGCUAUCAGUCUGAUUCGACGAACCAGGCGACGGCGUUCCCCCCACCGAAUCAGCCUUCUACCCCACCGAACUACGGCAACUCGAAUGGCAACGGCCAGGCGGCGGCGUACAACGUGAGCCAGACGACCACCGCGCAGCCGCCGCCGAAUUACAACCCGAACGGAAGCAACGGGUCGAAUCCUCAGGCAGCUAACCAGGGCUACGGGCCGGCGACGACGCCCAUAUCCCAGAACAAUUCCCAGAGCAGCUUCUCGCCGUCGACGACGCCGGCGCCGAACCAGUCUUACCCGACGACGAAUCUCCCGAAUAUGCCGAAUGUGGCGUACCCACCGAAUCAAGCGCCGCAGAAUCCGUAUCCGAACGCGACUGGGCAGAACUUGGCAGCUUACGCGAACAACCAGUACCAGUACACUAGCAGGCCUUGGUUCCGGCCGCGCUACACGUCUCCGCAGGGCUCGCCCUACAGCUCGGGCGCCGGGCCGCCCGCCGGGCCGCCCAUGCCCGUGCCUCCUCCGUCUGCCAACUACAACUACUGGCAGGAUAGUUGAGAGUGUGACAUUCUAGAAUUGGACACGAUUUCAAGUGACGAAUCUAUGUUUUAUAACUACAAUCAAUAUCAGUGAACAUAAAUACUGUACGUAGAUAUUAUUAUUGUUUAGCGUAAG